CACAUGCAGAGGAUUGAGAUACAGAGAGAGAGAGAGAGAGAGGGGGACUACAUUGCUCCAUAACUCACUGUGCAUUUCUCUCUCUCUCUCUCUCUCUCUCUCUCUCUCAUUGGAGGGUUUUUUUUGACACUUGUGUAAGUUCUUAACAAUGGCUGAGGAUGCAGGAAGAGAGAAGGAGAGUAAGCAGGGUGGCUUCAAGACCAUGCCAUUCAUACUAGCAAACGAAGUGUGUGAUCGGUUUGCGACGACGGGGUUCAACGCGAACAUGAUCACGUACUUGACCGAGCAGCUGCACCUGCCGCUGGUGGAGGCGUCGAACACGCUGACCAACCUGGGCGGCACGGCGAGCCUGACGCCGAUCGUGGGCGCGCUCAUCGCCGACUCCUUCGCGGGCCGCUUCUGGACCAUCACCGUCGGCUCCGCCCCUCCCUCCCCCUUCCACCUCCUCGUCCUCUACGCCUCCCUCCUCUUCACCGCCGUCGGCUCCGGCGGCAUCCGCCCCUGCGUCGUCGCUUUCGGCGCCGACCAGUUCGACCUCCAUGCAAAACCUGCGUCCACAAAUCAAGACCACACUCAAUCUCCAACCCCGAGGACUACUGGAUGGAACUUCUUCAACCUGUACUUCUUCUGGAUGGGGGCGGCGGUGCUGCUGGCGCUGACGGUGGUGGUGUACGUGCAGGAGAACGUCGGGUGGGGGUGGGGGUUCGGGAUCCCGACCAUCGCCAUGUUCGUCUCCGUCGUAGCCUUCGUGGUCGGCUACCCGCUGUACGUCCAGAUGAAGCCCGGCGGCAGCCCGCUGGUCCGGGUGGCGCAGGUUGCUGCUGCCGCCUUCAGGAAGAGGAAUGUCCUUCUGCCGGAGGAUCCCAGUCUUCUCUACGAGGACAAGGAGCUCGACGCCGACAUCUCCACCACCGGGAGGCUUCUCCACACAAACCAAUUCACGUUCCUGGACCGCGCGGCGAUCGUGGAGGACGGCGACAUGCUGGACGGGCGGCCGCAGCUGUGGCGGGUGUCGACGGUCCACCGCGUCGAGGAGGUGAAAUCGAUCAUCCGAAUGCUCCCUAUCUGGUCCGUCGGCAUCCUCCUCAUCACCUCCGCCUCGCACAACUACACCUUCACCAUCCAGCAGGCGCGCACCAUGGACCGCCACAUCUCCCCGCACUUCCAGAUCCCUCCGGCCACCCUCUCCAUCUUCUCCGUCCUCAUGAUGCUCCUCUCCCUCUGCUUCUACGACCGCGUCUUCGUCCCCGUCGCCCGGCGCUUCACCCGCCAUCCCUCCGGUAUCAACUACCUGCAGCGCAUGGGCAUCGGCCUCGGCAUCGCGCUCUUCGCGAACGUCGCGGCGGCGCUCGUCGAGACCAAGAGGAAAGCUGUGGCCGCCGACCACGGGCUCCUCGACAGCCCGCACGCCAUCGUCCCGAUCAGCGUCUUCUACCUGGUGCCGCAGUACGCGAUCCACGGGAUCGCCGACGCGUUCACGUCGGUCGGCCACAUGGAGUUCCUCUACGACCAGGCGCCGGAGAGCAUGCGGAGCACCGCGGCGGCGCUCUUCUGGCUGGCCAUAUCGGCGGGGAACUAUUUGGGUACGUUGUUGGUGACCCUUGUGCAUGAGUACACGAAGAAGAGAGGGGAUUGGCUACAAGAUAACAUCAACAGGGGUAAAUUGGACUACUACUAUUGGCUUGUAACUGGGUUGCAGGUGCUCAAUCUUGUGUUCUAUGUUGCGUGCGCAACGCAUUACACUUUUAAACCAUUGGAAGUGGUGGUGAAUGAGGAGGAGAAAGGUGGAGAGGAAAAUGCAAAUGAGCUGCAGCUACUCCCCUCCACAAAAAAUGAGGGGAACAUGGUAUAAACUAAUUAAUGUAGAUGUGUAUUACAUAUAUAUACUAAUUAAUGAAGCUGAAGUUUAGUGUUUGUUUACUGUUGUGAUCAGCUUGUAAUCUUAGAUUUGCGAGUAAUCAUCAAUAGACGGAGACGAGAGCAUGUGAUCGAGAAGAGUUGAUGCUGUAUAUAUUGCCAGAAAAAUGAGAGAAAUUAAAUAAAGAAUUAGAUAAUUUACGCCAGUUUUUA